UAGAAGUAGAUAAAGGAAGCACAGAGAUGCAGAGAGAUAUAAGGAAGCACUGAGUAUACUCACAGUCCUACUGCUGAUUACAACAUCAACACACAGAUUUUAAGAUGAAGUUUUUGCUGCUGCUGUCGGUGCUGACAGCAUGUGAUGCAAGUCCACAAGAUCUGUCAGGAAAAAUGUUCACCUUCCCACUACAAAGCAACACAGCACGUGUGCAAAUGACCACAACAAAACAGGAGUUCGAUGCUGUAACCAUCUGUCACAGAUCCUUUACAGAUCUCAAAAGAGACCACAUCCUCUUCUCUUUGUCCACACCUUCCAAUGCAAAUGGCUUUCUGAUUUUCUGGGAUGAGGCAAACAAGGAGUUGGAGCCCCAUAUCAAGGAUAAAAAGACGGAAUUUGCAGGGCAGGACUACAAGCUGAACACGUGGCACUCCAUCUGUACCACAUGGGAUUCUACGACUGGACUGGUGCAGCUGUGGUUUGAUGGAAAACCUUCGAUUAGGAAAUAUGUCAGCUCUGGAGCAGGCAUCAGAGGAUCCACUAUAAUUCUUAUAGGACAGGAGCAGGAUUCCCAUGGUGGAGGCUUUGACUCGAAGCAGUCUUUCGUUGGCAUGAUGUCUGAUAUCCACAUGUGGGACUAUGUCCUCUCCCCUUGUGAGAUCCAGAAGUAUACGGAUGAACUCAACUUUACUUCAGGAAACGUCCUCAACUGGAGUGCGCUGGAGUUCCAGAUAAUAGAGAGAGUGCGACUAGAAAAUAAACAAAUGACCUGUGUCUAAACAAUAAAACAAAACCAUCACAGUCUUAUCACAGUCUUAAAGAGUCAAAAUCUGGUUUUUGGUAAUGUUAAGGGUUUAAUUGAAUCAUGCCUACUUCUUGUCUAAAAUGAUUUCUCAUAAAUAAAAAAGUGCUAUUUUCUAAAUCCUUUUUUUUUCUGUUUUACAUAUGAGGGUCUUUUUAGCUCUGUUCAAGUAACAAUUUUCGUCUGAAACAUCAAAGACCUGAAAAUCCACUGGUUCUUCAUUAUAGAGUGUGUCUUUCAUGUAUUGUUACAUCAUUGUCAGGUGCAAUUACACAUGCACAUACAAUUUCACAUGGAUACAAGAGUCUUAAUAAGCAAAACCUCAGUCCACCCACCAGUGAAAACUGCAUUGCUACAUGCACAUGUCCUUUACUGCAUAUGAAAAAAAUAAAAAAGGUUAUGCCCUCAA